AUGAAUCAAAUCAUAGAUCUUUUAGAUUUGGGGCACAGGGUACUACAAGUGUUUAGUGCAAGUGCUAAAUUUCUAGAGCACGAAGAAUGGGAUAAACUAGAGUGUGCAGAUUAUAGACAUGAUAGUAAUACUGUUAGUAUAGAGCAUCAUAUUCCUGAUGAUAUUCCUGAGGAUUUAGAUGAUGUAAAAUUCUCUAUCAAGGAGGAAGAACAGGAAAAACCUUCCAAGGUAAAACCUGCUUCCAAAAAUAUGCCCUGGGUUCUCCCAAUGGUGAAGAAUCUUGUCCGGUCUUCCAAAGAGCUAACUCUGAGCUUUGGUGAGGCUCAGCUGCCCUUUGUGUCAAAGCCGAAACACAGACCCAUAGCCAAGAAUUACCAGCACUUCUUGGCUUUGGCUUUUGCAGUCAGAGAGGUCAACAAGGAUCUGGAUCUCCUGCCCAACAUCACAUUUGGGUUCUACAUCUACGACAAUUACCAGGUUGAGUUGAAGAUUUCCAUAAUCAGCCUCUCCCUGCUCUCCACACGAGGCCGAAUGGUUCCAGGUUACAAAUGUGGCAGGCAGGACCCUCUGCUCUCUGUCAUUGGAGAGGAUUCUCACUUUCUCCAGCUUGGUGUUGGCUUUGAGUUCUUACAGGGAGACAGAAGAGUUUAUCCUUCCUUCUUCCGGAUUAAUCCCAAGGAAUUUCCUGAGUAUGAGGGUCUAGUCCAGCUUCUCCUGUAUUUCCAGUGGAACUGGGUUGGGCUGGUGGCCAACGAAGAUGACGAUGGAGAACUUUUCAUCUCAUCUCUGAUGCCAAUGCUGAAGGAGAAGGAGAUCUGCCUGGCCUUCACUGAAAUGAUGAAACCUGAUUUUCAUGCUACUUCACGUUCGAAAGUGCACCAUGCAGCUUCCUGUGAUCCCUGCCCAGAAGACCAAUAUCCCAACAAGGACAAGAUCCAGUGCAUUGCCAAGAAGAUCCACUUUCUCUCUUAUCAAGAAACCCUUGGAUACACUUUAGUUUCUCUCACUGUUUCUCUCUCUGUGAUCACAUCUACAGUCCUUAUGAUUUUCCUUAAACAUCGUGACACACCAAUUGUCAAGGCCAACAACCGAGAUCUCACCUACAUCCUCCUGGUCUCCCUCCUUCUGUGCUUCCUCUGCUCCUUCCUCUUCAUUGGUCAACCCACAAAGCUCACCUGUCUCUUCCGACAAACUGCCUUUGCCAUUCUCUUUUCCCUUGCAGUUUCCUCUGUCUUGGCAAAAACUGUCAUGGUGGUUCUGGCCUUCAUGGCCACCAAGCCAAGGAACAGGACAAGGAAACUCUUAGGAAAGCCACUGACCAAUUCCAUUGUUUUAGCCUGUCCCCUGAUUCAAGCAAUUAUUUGCACCAUCUGGCUGGUAACCUCUCCCCCAUUUCCCAACUUGGACUUUCAUUCCUUGGUAGGAGAAGCCAUUUUGGAAUGUAAUGAAGGCUCAGCUUUGAUGUUUUAUGCUGUCCUCGCCUACCUGGGUUUCGUGGCCAGUGUCAGUUUCACGAUGGCCUUUUUGUCCAGGAAAUUGCCUGACAGCUUUAAUGAAGCCAAAUUCAUUACUUUUAGCAUGCUGGUCUUUUGCAGUGUUUGGAUCUCAUUCCUCCCCACCUACCUGAGCACCAAAGGGAAGUCCAUGAUGGCCGUGGAGAUCUUCUCCAUCUUGGCCUCUGGGGCUGGUCUCUUGGCUUGCAUUUUUUUCCCCAAAUGCUACAUUAUCCUCCUGAGGCCUGAUCUGAAUCAGAGAGAAAAUAUAAUGGGGCACAAGACUCUCUGA